AUGUCUCUCUCAGACAUUUUUUUUUCUUUUUCCUCACGUUCUUUCACACACGUUCUCCUCUUCCUUACACUCGCGUCUCUCAUUCUUUCACUCUCCUUCUACCGUUCUCUCUUCCUUUUUCUUUCAUUCUCUAUAGCCUUUUCUCUCUCUUUCUUUUUCUCUAACACACACACACCUUUUAAUCUUCCUCACACAAUCCUCUCUUUUUUUCAUUUCCUGUCUUCUUUUCUCUCUUUUUUUUUUCUUUUUCUUUCAUAUUCUCUUGUCUCUUACACUUUUUCUUUUUCUUCUUCACCCGUGCCUCUCUUUCUUUCUCUUUCCGUUUACCUUUCUUUGUCUGGAAAUUUUUUUGCAGAUUUUUUCUUCUUCACCCUAUCCUCUCUCUCUGUCAUAUUUUUUUCUUUCCUUUGUCUUCCUUACCUUUUUUUUCUUCUCUUUUUCUCCUUUUUUCUCUCUCUCAUUUCUUUCUCUCUCUCUCUCUAUAUUCUCUCUCUGUAUCUCUCUUUUAUCUUCUCUCUCUUACCUCCCUUUUCCUCUUCCUCUUUCCUCUCUUUUCUGUCUGUUUCUCUGUCUCUCUUUUUUCAUCUCUGUAUUUUUUUUCUCUCUCUUUAUCUCUCUCUCUCUCUUCUCUUAUCCUCUCUGUCUUUAUUUGUCUCUCUUUUUUUUUCUCUCUUCUUUCUCUCUCUCUUUUUCUCUCUCUCUUAUUCUCUCUCUCUCUCUCUCUCAUUCUUCAUCUCUUUUUUUUCUCUCUCUCUCCUCUCUCUCCCUCUCCUCCUCUUUUCCUCUCUUCCUUAUCGUGCCUCUCUCUCUGUCUUCAUUUCUUUGUCUCUUCUUUUUUCCUUUUUUUAUAUUCUCUUUGUAUUCUCCUCUCUCUCUUUCUCUCUCUUUAUCUCUUUCUCUCUCUCUCUCUCUCUCUCUCUCCUAAACUCUGAAACACGUGCCUCUCUUUUCUGUCUUCAUUUCUUUGUCUUCCUUUUUUUUUUUCUCUCUCUGUAUUCUCUCUCUCUCUAUCUUUUUCUCUUAGACACGUAUCUCUCUCUCUCUCUCUCUCACUCUCUGUAUUCUCUUGCUCUCCCUUUUCCUCUUCCUUUACAUUGCCUCUCUUUCUGUCUUCAUUUCUUUGUCUCUCCUUUUUUUUUUUUUUCCUCUCUGUAUUCUCUCUCUCUCUAUCUCUCUCUUUUAUCUCUCUCUCUCUCUCUCUUUCACUCACUUGACUCCUUUUUUCCUCUUCUUGAGUCUUCACGUGCCUCUCUUUCUGUCUUCAUUUCUCUUUGUCUCUUCCUUUUUUUCUGUCUCUCUGUCUAUCUGUCUCUCCUCUCUCUCUCUCUAUAUCUCUCUCUCUCUCUCUCUCUCUCUCUUUUUCCUCUCUUUCUGUCUUCAUUUCUUUGUCUCUUCCUUUUUUCCUCUCUUUAUUCUCUCUCUCUGAUCUUUUUCUCUCUUCCAAAUUACUUACUCCCUUUUGCCUUCUCUCUUGUCUUCAUUUUUUCUCUCUCUUCCUUUUUUUUAGAUUUCUUUAUUCUUCUUUCUUUGUCUCUUCUUUUUUCUCUCUUUCUCUCUCUUCUCUCUCUCUCUCUUUUCUCUCUCUCUCUUCUCUCUUCUUUUUCCUUUUCCUCUUUUUUACACGUGCCUCUCUUUCUGUCUUCAUUUCUUUGUCUCUUCUUUUUUUCACUCUCUUGCCUCUCUUUUAACAUCCCUUUUUCUCCGAAAAUUAAACAUUCUCUCCUCUCUUUUCUGUCUUCAUUUCUUUGUCUCUUCCUUUUUUUUUUCCUCUCUGUAUUCUCCUCUUUCUCUAUCUCUCUCUUUUUUUCUCUCUCUCUCUCACUCUCUCUAUUCCUUUUUCCUCUUCCUUACAACUUGAAAAAAAAAAAAAAAUCUUUCUUUCUUCUUAAUUUCUUUGUCUCUUCCUUUUUUUUCUGUUUUCUCUCUAUUCUCCUCUCUCUUUAUCUCUCUCUCUCUCUCUCUCUCUCUCUCUCUCUCUCUCUCUCUCUUCAUUUCUUUGUCUCUUCUUUUUUUUUUAAGGAGGUUCUUUUCCUGUCGUCCUUUCUCUCAUUCUCGGUUUUGUCUUUCUUUUUACGCUCUGAUCUCUUUAAACUCUCUAUCUCCCUCUCACAUUCACCUCUGUUUAUCUCUCUCUCUCUCUCUACCUUUCUGUUAUUCGCUCUGUCUACCGUUCUCUAUAUUCAUUCUCUCUCACUUUGUUCCUCACUUCUCAUUCUUCUCAAUCUGUCUGUCGAUACACACCUCUCUCUUUCCUGUUCUUCCCUUCCUCCUCGCUCUCUCUCAUCCUCUCUACUCUCUCUACUCCUCUCUCUCUCUCUCUCUCUCUCUCUAUCUAUCUAUCUAUCUAUCUAUAUAUCUCUAUUUCCCUCGACAAGGGCACCUCCUUCUUAUCUUUCUUCUUCUUUCCUUCUUCCAAUUCUCCUCCUCCUCCCUUUUCUAUUACACCAACGAAUCUCUUCAUUAUCUAUCUAUCUAUCUUCAUUAUCUAUCUAUCUUUCUUUAUUAUCUAUCUAUCUAUCUAAGUCUCUUCAUUAUCUAUCUAUCUAUCUUCCUUAUCUAUCUAUCUAUCUUUCUUUAUUAUCUAUCUAUCUAUCUAUCUAUCUAUCUAUCUAUCUAUCUAUCUAUCUAAGUCUCUUCAUUAUCUAUCUAUCUAUCUUCAUUAUCUAUCUAUCUAUCUUUCUUUAUUAUCUAUCUAUCUAUCUAUCUGUCUCUUCAUUAUCUAUCUCUCUCUAUCUAUUUAUCUAUCUAAGUCUCUUCAUUAUCUAUCUAUCUAUCUAUCUAUCUAUCUAUCUAUCUAUCUAUCUAAGGCUCUUCAUUAUCUAUCUAUCUAUCUAUCUAUCUCAGGACAAAGAUUGUGUUUCACGAAAAUAG